GAGGUCGCCAUGAUUAGAGAAAAAACGCAGACUGUCGAAAUUCCUCACAGAUCCGUAACAGAACAUCGGUUAAAAUUAUCAUUUUCUCUAAACUGAAUGGGCAAUUUUUAGUUCUACUGAUAGAGGGAGGAUCCCAGAUCAACACAAAUGCACAAUGCUUAAGUUAUUUUCCUUAAAACAGGAGAAAAGGGACGGCGAGGCGGCCGGAAAAAAAUCAGGAGUUAACCAGAAAAGAGCCUCCGCAGCACAGUUACGAUGCAUGAAAGAUAUAAGUGAACUAAACCUACCGAAAACCUGCCAGAUAGAAUACCCCGAUCCUGACGACAUACUCAACUUUAAACUUGUUAUCACACCAGACGAGGGUUUCUACAAAAAUGGGAGGUUCUAUUUCAGUUUUAAGAUUGGCCAGGGUUACCCUCACGACGCACCAAAGGUCAAAUGUGAAACAAUGGUCUACCAUCCCAACAUUGACCUCGAAGGAAAUGUCUGUUUAAAUAUAUUAAGAGAAGACUGGAAACCUGUUCUGACGAUAAACUCAAUCAUAUAUGGCUUGCAAUUUCUCUUUUUGGAACCCAACCCCGAUGAUCCCCUUAACAAAGAAGCUGCAGAGGUCCUCCAGAACAACAGACGACUCUUCGAACAGAACGUCUUCAAGUCGAUGCGAGGAGGGUACGUCGGUAGCCAAUAUUUUGAAAGGUGUCUCAAAGUAUGAUGACAUCGCCCCGUGUUUCCUUAUUUGUAUUUGUGUGUGUCCCCCUUCCGGUUUCCCCUAUCCAAUCUCCCUUCCCCUUGAGUUUUAAGUGGCAAGCCACCUCUGCUUUAAGAUAAUCCAAAAAAAGAGUAUUAGGGUGAAGGUUACAGCAGGGCGAAGAUGGGGUUAAAGCAGGACUCGAAAUUGGGGGAAAAUCCACAAGACCAAUGGGCUUGUUGCUCGACAUGUUUAGUGGCCCAGAAAUGUCAAAAAAGGUUUCAUUUAUUGGAGUGGUGUCCAGCUGAUGUGUUUUCUCUGAGCAUUAUUUUCUGCUGAAUUGUCAAAAAAGGUUUCAUUUAUUGGAGUGGUGUCCAGCUGAUGUGUUUUCUCUGAGCAUUAUUUUCUGCUGAAUUGCUUUUUUGAAAUUCAACCGAGACCUACAUAUUAGCCAAAAUGUCAUGACUGUUCCAUUUUUAAAAUGUUCUCAAGCCUAAUCAAAUUGUUUUAAAACAGCAUUACAGAAUAAGGCCCGAUUUUAAGAAUCCCUUGCGUUGGCGGCCAUUGCUGGUCAAACAAUGUACACGUGCAUGCGUGUAUGUGCAACUGUCGCUGAGGGCGCUGUUGUUGGCUUUUGGCAAGAGGUCUAAUGCAAGGGUCUAUGUCGAGGGCCAAAUUUCAUAAAGCUGCUAAGCAGAAAAAAACCUGCUUAAACAAUUUAUUUGCUCAGCAAAAAAUUUAGUUGGCCACCAGUCUUAACUUGAUGCUAAUUUGAUUGGUAACCUUUCUCUGUUAUUGUAGGCAACACUUUUCUGUGCUAAGCAAGUUUUUGUGCUUAUAUGAGUUUUAUAAAUUUUGGCCCUGGACGGUUUACUGUCAUGGGACAUUUCCUGGCUUAAUGUCUUGUGUAUUGUUUGCAUAGCCUGACGUUUUCUUAUGUCAAAAUGGCACUUAUUUAUUUCAUGAAACAGAUCUUUGGGUUGUUUUAAACUCUCUGAUAUCAUGGCAUGGCUAUCUUCGUCUGGUUCCAAGAUCUUUUCCGGUAAUUACCAAGUUUUUCGUUUGAAGUUCAAAUUCUCGGCUAUUUGAGAUAAACCAUCUUUUUACAUGCACCAAUUUAUUAAACAGUUUGGUGCACGUCAAAGUGGCAAUCGGGGAGUGGCAGUCAAAAUGUCAUACAUUGUCAUAUAAUUUAACAUUAUUGGUACAUUAUUGUUUUUUUCCCGUGAAAAACUGUCUAAUUAUUAAAACAAAUUUCAGAUUUUUUUUAACAGAAUUUUUUCUGAAAGGUUUUGUCCUUAAUUUAAGAGUUGGUUGGCUGAUUUUGUACGCAUGUACAUCUAUUUAAAUGAAUAAAUAAUUUCAUGUAUUUUUAUUGGACAGAUGAUAAUAAUGAUUUUGCGGAUUAGAGAUACCUGGAAUUUUACCAGUACCUUGAUUGCUCCCAAUUUAAUUGUUCCUAAAAAUGCUUUAGUUUAAUGGCCAGGCCCCUGGCCUUAAGGGGGUUAACAUGGCCAGGGCUCAAUUUCUUAAAGCUGUUUAGCAGAAAAUAAUGCUUAGUGGGAUAACAGACAAUGCUAUUUUUGUUAAGCAUGAGUUUUCUGUGGUAAGCAAGUGCUUACAGGCUUUUUAUGAAAUUGGGCCCAGUGGCUUUUUGCCAAACCUCUGCUGAGGCUUUUGUCUCUGGCUUAAGACUUUGUUUGAUGUUUUAAACACUGUACACACCUCGGACUCAAGUUCUGGUGGUUAAGUCAUCGACACUUGUGUCCUUGA